AUGCUUUCGAGCACUCUGGCUUCUAUAACUCUAAACACGGGACAUGGGAGUGCAACUCAACUGAGCCAGCAGAAGGCAGAACGCCCCUCACAGAUCAAAUUUGUGCGAGCAGCACAGAUGAGCCUUUUUGCAGAUAUUACCAGCUGGCCGCCCUUGGGCCAGGUUACAUGCCUGAAAAGGAGUGCGGAUCACGAUAAGCUCCUCUUUACCGUCCAGCUCAAGUCAAGCCGCUCGUUUCCUGAGCAGACCUGGGAGGUUUCCAUCUGGCAUAAUGUUAACAAUAACGAUUCAUGGGAAGCACUUCCUUUGCAAAAGAGUUCGACGUCACAAACUAUUCCCAUGGCAGUGGGCCCUGGACCAGGGCUAAACUAUCACACCUACACAUUCUCCCAGGAACUCGACUUCCCGAAACAGGGUAAGCAUGCCGCUUUUACUAUAAGAUAUAGAAUUGAUGCAGAGUCUUCUUGGACAUGGGUGAAGGAUCAAUUUGGGACGAAAGAUGGCGAAUUGGUUUUUGAACCUUUCAGCUCUCAACUUCUCAAAAGCCUUGAGCCCGUGGUCCAGGAGUCAAAGUUGACUGAGUAUUUGGAUCACUUUAAUCCGAAGCUCGAGAUUGAGACACGCUUAAGCGAGUCCCCCGGGGCACUCUUGUGGAGCGUGACAGGCACUGUCCUAUCCGCGGUUGAUAACCAGAGCAGUCGCGAGAAAAUAAAUUUCGGCCUCCCGAAGGACUUCGUUAGAUAUUAUGCUCUUGUCCGUAUAUGGGAACCUUGGAUUGCACCACGACACGGCAUGAAAAACCUGGCUUUGACAGAGGACGCCAUUUUUCUGUCAUUUUUGCGCAAAGAUGGAACGCACCUUGUUCUCCUUGCUAUCAGUGGGGUGGAUAACGUCAUGACUCUAUUUAAUUCCGGAGACGAAGGCCAGAUUGUGGCGGUUGUGAGGAAUGACAAUUUCCACAACUCCAACUUUCAGGUUCUAGUUGCAGUGGCACCUUCUUUCGAGGUCGCGAAAAGCGCCGUAAUGUAUGAGUCGCGAAAAGUCGUGAGACAGAUUUCUGGAACUAGGUCCGCAACUUUAACUACGCCGCAGGAGCUGAAUGAGCCGAAAUCACCGUUGGGCAAUGAUAUUGUUCUCGUGGAGGAUGACCCUCAGGUUCAAUGGAUGUCUGAUUGGUAUGACGGCUUAGCUUAUUGUACUUGGAAUGCUCUAGGACAGGACUUGACAGAGGAAAAAAUAUUAAAAGCCCUCGAUAUUCUAAAAGCAAAUGGCAUCAAUAUUGUCAACCUCAUCAUAGAUGAUAAUUGGCAGGCAUUGGACAAAAAGGGCGAAGAUCAGUUUAAACGUGGCUGGAUGGAAUUCGAAGCGAAUAAGGAAGGGUUUCCAAAUGGGUUGAAGCAUACAAUCAGUAAAAUACGCCACAAGCACCCAAAUAUCCAGCAUAUUGCCGUUUGGCAUGCCCUUCUCGGAUAUUGGGGUGGUAUCUCACCUGACGGUCAGAUUGCAAAAACGUAUAAAACAAAGAUCGUCAAAAAGGUUGAUGGCAUUUCCGGUGGGAGUAUGCUGGUUGUCGACCCGGAUGAUAUUUACCGGUUCUAUGACGAUAUGUAUAAAUUUCUUUUGGAGGCUGGAGUUGACUCCGUCAAAACCGAUGCGCAAUUUUUCCUCGACAUGUUGCAGGAUCCCACUGACCGAAUCCGAUUUACGACGGCGUAUCAAGAUGCGUGGUCCAUUGCGUCGCUGCGUUAUUUCCAAGCCAAAGCAAUCAGCUGCAUGUCGCAGGCGCCACAGAUCAUUUUUCACUCCCAGAUACCGACAAACAAGCCACGGAUUCUCCUAAGGAACUCUGACGAUUUCUUUCCCGAUGUCUCCACGUCCCACCCGUGGCACGUUUUCUGUAAUGCACAUAACGCCCUCUUUACACGGCAUCUUAACGUGAUCCCUGACUGGGACAUGUUCCAGACCAGCCACCCGUAUGCAUCCUUCCACGCAGCAGCUAGAUGUGUUUCUGGCGGCCCAAUAUACAUCACCGAUGUGCCAGGUGAACACGAUAUCAAUCUUAUCAAUCAGAUGACGGCUCCGACAACCGAAGGCAACACGAUUAUUCUUCGGACAAGCGUUCUAGGAACCUCAAUUGAUGUAUACCACAAUUACAACGAAGGCCAGAUGCUCAGGGUAGGCUGUUACACAGGCUGGGCAAAAUCUGGAAGUGGUAUCCUAGGCCUCUUCAACAUCCGCGCUGGGAAAACCACCUCACUAGUCUCCAUCCUUGAUUUCCCAGGCAUUUCUCCUGGUAGCAGUGACAAGUAUGUGAUACGCGCACAUUCUUCUGGGGCCAUCUCGCCAAUAAUGAAACCUUCAGACCAAGCCUCACUGGUUUCCGUAUCUCUGGAAACAAAAGGCUGGGAAAUUUUAACGAUGUUCCCUGUCAGGACAUUUACAAUGCAAAAUAUACAAAGAAGUAAGGAUAUUCAUUCAAAUAGCAGAGGUGCCACGAUACACACCGAUGUCGCUAUUCUAGGCCUCUUGGGAAAAAUGACUGGAGUUGCUGCUAUUGUAACUUCAGAAAUUUUCCUUAUCGCUAAUAGCAGGCUCAAAUUUAACAUUAAUUUAAAGGCAUUGGGAACAUUGGGUGUAUAUAUAUCUGAUUCUACCUGUCGCACUGUGGAGGAAAACUUCCUGGUGUUGCUCCACGGGGAGGUGGUUCCGAUGCACACUGUUCAACUGAAGGUUGCAGGAGAUGGGACUGGGAAGACAGUGCUUGCUAUUGAUGUUGAGACCGCGUGGAAGGAGUUGGGUUUAGUUAGCGGUUGGAGCAAUGAAGUGGUUGUUCAGAUUUUUAUGAGUUGA